GACCGAGUGAACAAGAAGACAUCCUCCCUCCGGCGUCCCCAAAGCAAAUCCCCUCGCUUGUCGCUACCACGAGCACGACUAGCCGGUGCCGCAUCUUGGCCGGCGGCGUCGACAACGCCAUCCUCCCGGCCGUCUAGUUCAUCCGACCCAGACUAGUCUUUCCCAACCAACCAAAUCACCCAUCAAGAGGAGCUGCACUGCCUCUACCAUGAGCACGAGAGGGGAGAUGUCUCCCCGCCGCCGCCGCACCUCUCAGCCGCCUGCCUCUCUGCCGGAUGACGAUGACAUGCUCCGGGAGAUUCUCCUCCGCCUGCCCCCGCGGCCUUCCUCCCUCCCCCGGGCCUCCCUCGUCUGCAAGCGUUGGCGCAGCCUCGUCGCCGAUCCCCGAUUCCAACGCCGCUUCCGCGACCACCACGGCAAGCCUCCACUCCUUGGCUUCUUCAUCGGUAGGCGUCGCUCCUUUUCUUUUGUUCCAACGCUGGAUCGACCAGAUCGCAUCCCCGAAGCUCGCUUCACCAUUCUUCUCCACGAGGACGACAAAACCCUCGACAGCCGCCACGGACUCGUCCUUUUACUCAGCAGGCCGCUACGCCGCUUAGUUUUGUGGGACCCCGUCGCGCGCGAGCAGCGCCGGCUGAUCCUCCCACUAGAGUUGGACAACGGCCAGACGUUCAUCUUCAACGGGGCGGUGCUUCGCCGUACCGCGGCGAAGGCUGCCAUUUCCAGGUUGCCCUGAUAGCCCGUGACAGAGUACGUACAAGAGUUUCCGUAUGUCUUUACUCAUCCAAGACUGGGGUAUGGAGCAAUAUCAACUCACUGCAGCUGCAAUUGGUUGCAACUAUGGAACGAGCCAGUACUUUGAUUGGGAAUUCCCUUUCCUGGUUACUUCAGCUGCAUCGUCAACAUGUCAUAGUUGAGUUUGAUCUGGAUAACCAGAGCCUAGCUGUGACAGAGGUACCAGCAACUGUAGAACCUGACUGUCGAAAUUUAUGGAUUAUGCCGGCCGAAGAUGGUGGGCUUGGCUUGAUCCACAUCUCACAAUUCCAUGGCCGGUUAUGGAAGAGAAAGCCUGAUUCUGAUGGUUUGGCUGUAUGGGUGCUCUACAGAGCUAUUGAUUUUGAUGUGCUCAGAUCAACUUUCGGUGGAUACUCCCCCACUUUAGUUGGGGUUGCCGAGGAGAGUAAAGCAAUCAUUGUAGUGACAACUUGUGGUGUCUUCAUGGUCUAUCUCCAGUCAAUGGAGUUUAAGAAACUUUCCGAUGAAUGGUCCUCCUGUCUCCAUUAUCCAUUUGCAUGUUUCUACCCUGCAGUUGUAGGUACUGCCAUUGUUGACGGACAUGAUGGAGAUGAGGUGUUGAACAAUAUAUGAGAUGGUUGUCUGGUGAGACAUGCUAGUAUGAUGUGAUGACUAAUAAAGUGACGUAACAUUAUCGCCUGAAUGUGUCCAUGGGGAGAUAACUGAUAAGGUGACGUACCAUUAUCGCCAGGAUGUGUCCAUGGGGAUACCUAUGUUGUUCUACAAUUUGUUGCUGCAUGAUUUUGUCUUAUGGAUGUAGUAAGCCCCUUUGUAAUUUGUAAGGCAUCCACUACUUUUCCUAAGUAACUGGGAACAAUAUGUACCGGAACAUAAGUAAUUCAGAGUCCUAGUUAGUAUAGUUCCAUCAGUACACUGGUACGUCAUAACUGAUAAUCAGUGAGAGUCAGAUGUUGCUUUUGUUUUAUAUUCAGUCAAUUUCUCAACUUGAUCACUAGUAGAUUUUGUGUUUGCUGGUGGUACUCCAGUGAGGAUCCGUUGUGGUAUCUGGUAUGUACUCCAAGUGUGAAGUACACUUGCAGGAAUGAACUG